UUUAACUAAAAAUAAAUAAAAUAAAAAUCUAAACGGAGAUCGAAACGAAAUUAGGCAAGACGUUUGCACGAUGCACGACAAACUAUUGCACAUGUUGGCUACAAACGCAUUUCAGAAACAUUCGUGUAGUGCGAAUAUUAUAAACAGCACGUCGCACGUGCUAUUCUUAUGUAAAUAUUUCAUUUUGUGACAUAAUUAGAAAUGGAAAACUGGAUAAAAAUUACACUCGUCCUAUGUUUAUUUGGAACUUUGCGUGAGAUCCGGCCCUCAGAGCCUUUUGUUACUGAAUUCCUUCUCGGCGAGUGGCGUAAUAUUACCGAAGAUCAAUUAAAUCGCGAAGUUUAUCCGGUGGGAACUUAUUCAUAUUUGGCCCUUCUUGUUUUAAUAUUUUUGAUCACUGACUUCCUUAGGUUCAAGCCAGUUAUUAUUUUAUCAGGUCUAAGUGGUAUCUCAGUCUAUGCUGUGCUACUAUGGACUUCAAGCAUAGAAUGGCUCCAAGUCUCUCAAUUUUUGUACGGACUGUACAUGGCUACAGAAGUUGCUUAUUUAACUUACAUAUAUGCAAAGGUAGAUUCCGCGAAGUACCCUCUCGUUUCAUCUUGUACUCGGAUAGCGGCAUUGACGGGCCGUUUCCUGUCUGGAGCAAGUUCUCAGCUCCUGACUCAUUACGGACUGAUGAACUAUCGAGAUUUGAAUUACAUCACCUUUGCUGCUCAAAUUUUAGCAACGUUCUGGGCAUUUUGGCUGCCGCCUGUUCCUUAUGGAAUAUACUUCCACAGACGCUCAGUAGCCACUACCAUUCAGAUAGACGUAGGAACUAUGAACAUGGAAAAGCAGAAUCCGCAGCAUUCCGAGAAGCGUUCGUUCCGUAAAGACAUAACGGAUGCGGCGUAUCUCAUAGCGCGGCACGCACGCUCGGCCUACACUCGGCCUAAAGUUCUCGCGUGGUCUGCGCUGUACGCGGCCGCCAUGGCGCUGUUCGUGCAGGCGCAGACUUACGUGCAGCUACUUUGGAACCAGAUACAGAAGGAUGAUGAAGCACCGGUCGUGUAUAACGGCGCGGUGGAAGCCGUACAGACGCUGCUGGGCGCGCUGGGCGCGCUGGCGGCGGCGCACUGCGGCCGCGCCGCGCUGCCCGCGCCCGUGGCCGCCGUGCAGGGCGCGGCCGUGUUCGCGGGGACCUACGUGCCCGACGUGUUCGCGUCCUACGCGGGCUACGUCGUCAUGGGACUACUCUACCACUACACUAUUACGUUAGCCAGUGCAAAAAUUGCUGGUCAGCUCAGUGAUGACAGCUGUUUCGGUCUCAUAUUCGGUAUCAACACAUUGCUGGGUACGGGUCUACAGUCUCUCCUCACACUAAUUCUCAUUCAAACGCUCACUUUGCCGAUCACAGCACAGUACUUCACUCUCAGCGGCUUGUUCUUGGUCCUAGCGUCAAUUUGGAUGCUAGGCUGGAUAGUAAAUGUUUGUAAACAAACAAAAAGUAUUAAUGUUACAAAUCAGUAUUAAGUAUAUGUAGAAGAUUGUUCAUAACUUAGUUUCAUACUGAAGGAUCUGUUUUUUUUUUUUUUUUCUAUAGAAAUAGUGAGA